AUGACCAAAAAAGAUCCCAAUUCAUCAGAACCUAGCAAAGCAGAAAAGAAACCUCAAAAAUGUAAUUUAAAAUGCUGGCAAAAGAAAAGAAGAGAGAGCAGUGGUAAUGAAAAUGAAUUUAGAGACCUGGCCAAUGCAAGCCCUGAGACCCUAGAAAUUUGCAAAAAACAUCCUCUUCAUUUCUGUGUAUUUGUGUAUAUGAAUUCCAAUGAGGUUGAUGAUGAAUUAUACCCGUUCUUCCGCGACGAGUGUAAGGAGUUGGUGCUAACUGCUAAAAUGGACGAAACGGUGCGCAAUCGUCUAAUGCAAAGCGCUGAAGUGCAUGGAUCCUCCGGUGAUAAACGUUUAAAAGCCAUAGAAGCCCAAACCGGAUGUUCUGUUCGCUUAGGAAAGUUACACGGAAUUCAUUCUGUAAUUAAGGGUCUUCCAAGACGACGCCUGACCAUCGCAGGUCCAUCUUAUGUCCGCAUUUCGCGUGCUUUGGCAUUAAUGGAGGAAUACUACCCUCGCCUUAUGCGAUUUACUUAUUACCCCUAUCGCCUGCCACUAGAACUUGAAAAUCCAAGCAGUAGUUAUGCUCAAACAUUUGAUCAUCACUCAAUAUCACCACAACCUCGUAUACAAGGUACUAUGAGCUUGAGUCAACACGUUGACGAUCAUUCAACCUGGCGUAAAUAUUACCAUCCAAAGUAA